GUUAUCUAGAUAUUUUUGGUCGAAGAGAGAGGAAGAAGAGCAGAGAAAUGGUGGUUGGGAGAGUUGCUGUUCCAAAUCCUCCCUCCGGUCUGUUCCACAAUCCUUCUUCUGCUGCCACCCUCAUACCUCCACACAUUCGUCUUCUCUCUUUCUCCGCUUCCGCCGCCGCCUCCUCCUCUUCCUCCUCCGCCAAUCGCACUCGUCACACGUCCACUACAAAAAGCGAUUCUCCCUUCUCAACGUUCGGAAGAGUCAAGAGUCAGAAACCGAAAACUCUGCUCCACAAAAGCAGGGACCGAAGACGCGCCCUUCAAGUUGAAGAAGAAGAAGAAGAAGAAGACGAUAAUGAUGAUUAUGAUGAUAAUGACGACUACUAUGACAAUCUCGCAGCCCCAAGAGGAAGACCUUCUCGUUCUGGGUCUCGGUCAGGUGGACGAAAACGAGGAGGAUGGGAUAUCAUUCCCAGGUUUCCCUCACAAGCCAAAUCAACCACUGACACAAACUUCUUCAGUCUCAAGUCAUUUAAAGAAAUUGGGUGCGCUGACUACAUCAUUCAAUCCCUCCAAAAAAUCUUCUUAACGCGCCCUUCCCAUGUACAGGCCAUGGCAUUUUCUCCUGUUCUUAGCGGAAAGACUUGUGUCAUAGCUGACCAAAGUGGUUCUGGAAAGACAUUAGCUUAUCUUGCACCAAUCAUUCAGCGUCUUAGACAAGAAGAACAAGAAGGACGUAGUCAAUCCUCUUCGCAAGCUCCUAGAGUGCUGGUACUCGUACCCACUGCAGAGUUAGCCUCUCAGGUCUUGGAUAAUUGUCGAUCCUUGUCAAAAUCUGGGGCUCCAUUCAAAUCUAUGGUUGUCACGGGAGGUUUUCGACAACGGACUCAACUGGAAAAUUUACAGCACGGAGUUGAUGUCUUAAUAGCAACGCCUGGCCGUUUUUUGUACCUCAUGAAUGAAGGCUUCUUGCAGUUAACAAAUCUAAGAUGUGCUGUGUUGGAUGAGGUAGAUAUUCUCUUUGGUGAUGAGGACUUUGAAAUGGCUCUUCAAUGCCUGAUCAAUUCUUCACCGGUUGACACACAGUAUCUAUUUGUGACUGCAACUUUACCAAAAAAUGUUUUCACCAAAUUGGUUGAAGUUUUUCCCGACUGCGAAAUGAUUAUGGGGCCUGGUAUGCAUCGAAUAAGUUCUCGCCUCGAAGAGGUCAGGUUUCAGUUGUAACUUUCUUUUCUUUCUAUUUCAUUUUUCUUGGGCAGAAGACAACAUUACAGAAUAUCAAAAGACUUAUCUAUGAAUAUGUUGACUCAGUACGGGAAAAUUCAAUGGACUUAGUACGAGAAACAUAAUCACUUAUUGUCUCCAACGUGAUAUUUAAAUUGAAUUGUUUUACUUAGGAGCUAUAUAUAUAGAGAAGGGGAGGGGAUACAUUUAUCCCAAGAAUAAGUGUAAGUAAUUACUCUUAAUCUGAUCCUACUAUUUUAUUUUAGAUUAAUG